AUGGGUAGCUCUCGUGGUCUCCGUGCCGGUACUCGCUAUGCCUUCUCCAGGGACUUCCGAAAGAAGGGUCAAAUCGCCCUCAGCACCUACCUGAGGCAAUACAAGGUUGGCGAUAUCGUCGACAUCAAGGCCAACGGUGCCGUCCAAAAGGGUCUCCCCUACAAGGUCUACCACGGUAAGACUGGCGUCAUCUACAACGUUGCGAAGUCUGCCGUCGGCGUCAUCAUCUACAAGAAGGUCAAGCACCGAUACAUGGAGAAGCGCCUCAACGUCCGCGUCGAGCACAUCCAGCCCUCCCGCUCUCGAGAGGGUUUCCUCCGCCGAGUAAAGGACAACGAGAAGCUCCGAAAGCAGGCCAAGGCCGAGGGCAAGCCCGUUCAACUCAAGAGGCUGCCCGCCAUGCCUAGGGAGGCGCACACCCUCUCGCUCAAGGCGUCUCCUCUCGAGACGAUCACGCCCGUGGCUUACGAGACGACGAUUUAA